AACUAACAGGGGAAAUAUAUGCCUAUUUUAUUUUAAUGAUCCUCCAUAAUUUGGAUUUUUCACACUGGAAGCUGAAUUGUCGUGGUCAAAAUCAAUCUACAGAGAUAGUUAAAAAAAAUACAUCUGAGACAGUAAUGCAUGGUUGAGAUAACACUAUAGAGAGGGGUUCCCCUAAAAACUUUAUGUCCCUUGAAGAAAAUUAACUGGGUCCAUGUGCCCUGGUCCCCGUUCAUCAUGGCACUACAUUUUAGCUGUCUAAUUUACGCCGAUUUCAUGCGUUUGCAAAGCGUUGUAAUUGGUCCGAGGACUACAAUAUGUAAAUAAAACAGCCUGGUAAAGUCCUUCAAAGUAAGUGGGCUGGUUCCUACGUCCGUUAUUGUGGGUAAAAGGCAACCAACCACAGUUGCGGCAAAUGUGUUAUUCAACGUGGCAACUUAAGCGCUCAAGUGUUGCGCCCAUGCAGCUCUGUGCUAGAGGUAAUAUACAGUCAGGUUUACCCAUAUGCACUGUAGUUUAGUUCUUUCACAACAGCUCACCUCGCAGUCUCUGCUGUAUCCAACAGCAUGUGACACAAAAGUAAGUAAGCUAGAACCUCACGAACAGAAAAGGUGAUUUAAUUGAUGAAAAACGCAUAUUCAAACAUAUGCGUCAACAUUCCCAAGCUUUUUUUUUUAUCUUCAACGUUUUGGGACCAGCCUCUAUUUGUUUUACGGACACCGUUAUAUUGAAAGGUCCUGCUUGCAACCGAUUUUUUUCUUGACAUUAAUAACUUGGACAUUUACAGCUGUGCUCUCAAGGAGAAAGGCUGUACAGUACACACUUUAUUCAAAGGGACUGAGCGCACAAUAAGGACUCGCCGUUAUUUCCUCUUUCUUGCUCUUGCGUAAAGGGAAAUUCAAGGCAACCAUGGAAGUUUGUAAAGGUCGUUUACUUGGUAUCUCCGUCGCUGUUGCUCAUGGAUUUUUCUCGGGAUCGUUGAACAUUUUGCUAAAAAUUCUCAUCACGACUUAUAACUUCAACUACCUCACUCUCAUCCAGUGCCUCACCAGCACAUUGGCGGCGGUUACACUUGAGAUACUAAGGAGACUGGGAAAAGUAGACAUACCCCCGUUCAGCCUUCAACUAGCCAAAGUCUUCGGAAGUGUUUGUAUUCUGUCCACAUUACAGUCCACUCUAACACUAUGGUCUCUCAGAGGAUUGAGUCUACCCAUGUAUGUGGUUUUCAAACGUUGUCUACCGUUGGCCACCCUGGGUAUCGGCGUGUGCAUUCUGAAGAACGGAACCCCGUCAGUGGGGGUCAUAACGGCGGUGCUCAUCACUACUGGAGGAGCAGCUCUAGCUGGGUCUGGUGACGUGACGGGUGACCCGUUUGGCUACGUGACGGGCGUCCUGGCUGUGAUCAUCCACGCCUCCUACCUGGUCCUGAUCCAGAAGACCAGCACAGACAGUGAAUAUGGGCCCCUCACGGCCCAGUACUCCAUCGCCAUCAUGGCCUCCCCAGUUCUCUUAAUCUGCUCCAUCGUCAGCAUGGACUCCAUCAACAUGUGGAGCUACACGGGCUGGAGUAACCCCUUCAUCUCUGGCAUCUUCUCCAUCUGCAUCCUCAUCGGCUGUGCCAUGAACUUCACCACGCUGCAAUGCACCUACAUCAACUCGGCCGUCACCACCAGCUUCGUGGGCGUGGUAAAGAGCAUCGCCACCAUCACAGUGGGCAUGGUGGCCUUCAGCGACGUGGAGCCCACCAGGCUGUUUGUGGCCGGCGUGGUGGUCAACACGGUGGGUUCCAUCACCUACUGUAUCGUCAAGUACUUUGAGACCAGGAAGAAGACCCUCUACCAGGACCUGGAGGAGCAAAGCAAGGACGAAACUCUGCCUGGACAGCCUUACAUCGAGAAGAAGCCACCCAACGGAGACCUGGAGCCCCUGCCCAAUGGUCACAGAGGGUCUGACGACGGAUCGAUCGAAGGAUCUUUCCCCACACAGGAGCACCUACUCAAUGAUCAGCGCCUCAGUGACUACCCACCUCAAGACACCAGCAACAGUAUGGAGUUUGUAGAACUCCAGAGAGAAGCCUUCCAUAGCGAGAACCGGGCCAGCCAGUCUGUGAGUGACAGUUACGUGGGGGUGUGGAGGUCCAUCCGUAACCUGAAGUUCUUCAAGAAAGACGCCUUAAUAGAUAAUAUGGAGGUGCAGAGCCCUUGAUGGGGAAUCUCUAUUUUCAAAGGGUGCAUGUUUUGUCAGUCCUUUAUGUUUGUAUCUUUUUUCUGUUUGUUUGUAAGACUGCUUUGACAUUGCGCACUGAUGAAUGUUUUGAGAUCCGUUUUUUUUCCCUGGCAAACAUGCUCUUAUGGAAGCAAAAAAAUAUUUUUAAGAAGAUGGAAUGUUUAUAUGAACUGGAUUAAAAAAUACUGACUAUUCACAAAAAAACAUUUGUUUAAAUGUUUUAUAUUGAUUUUAUCAGUCAUAUUAAUAACAGGUGAAUAAUUGAUAGUACAUCGGGUAAGGUUGAAAAUGAUAUGUUAUGACAUGUUAUAAAAAAUAUUUAUCAUUUAUUUGCACGUAAUGUUACUGCCUGUCCUGAUUCUGUAUUGUCCAUGAAUUGUGAUGUUUGGCAAGUGAAGAGCAAUAGCAACUGCCACUGCAUGAACAAUGCAAAGUCAAUUUAAACCAUUUUUAUGAAACUGUUCCACUGUGAUGUUGGAUUCUUCUUUAUGAUAAAACCAUUAGAGUGAAAUGCA